GCUGCUUAUUCUUUGUAUAGUCCUGAUAAGCACGGGUUUCAUAAUACCGAUGCUGUUGCUCCAACCACUGGGUAAAAUCGAGAAAAUGGGUGACACGCAAGUAACCGAAAACAACGAACAAAAAAUUGUUGUCCUUGGUGAGACUAAGGAAGGACGCGACCCCGAUCCUAAAAUGAGACGAAGGAGGGACACAAUUCGAAGGAUGAUGGUCGAUGCCUGGGGUGCAUAUCGUUACUUUGCCUGGGGCGACAAUCACGUCCGACCUUGUUCCGGCCAAGGCGAUUCGGGUGGAGUUUUUGGCCCUGGUGCAACAAUUGUUGACGCAUUAGACACGCUUUAUAUUAUGGGAUUGGAAGAGCAGUACGAAGAAGGGAAAGAUUGGAUUGCAAAUCAACUUGUGUUUGAGAACUACCCUAACGAUGUGUCCUUCUUUGAAAUGACGAUUCGGUACUUGGGAGGAUUGCUUGCCUUGUACAGUCUCACAAAUGACGAGGUGUUCUUAUCGACAGCAUUAUCUCUCGGCAACAAAUUACUUCCCGUUUUCCAACAUGAGUCAAACCCCGGAUUGCCUCUGCCAUACAUAAAUUUACAAACUGGGAUUGCCACUUAUCGAAAUGAAAAUGAUUUCAUUCUCAGUGAAAUUGGCACUUUAAACCUAGAAUUUCAGUAUCUUUCCGAUGCCUCGGGAAACGCGAUGUUUUCAAAUUUAUCUAGAUUUCUACAGGAAAAUAUUUCUCCAUGGAAGAACGGACUGUAUAAUAACUUUGUCAAAGCGUUGAAUCCGAUGAUCUACCCAAUACGAAAUGGUGUGUCGAUGGGCGCAUAUGGGGACAGCUUUUACGAAUAUUUAUUAAAAAGCUAUGUUAUGCUGGGCGAUGCAGAAGCACUCAAUGCAUAUCACGCAGCAAUUGAUAGUUUCUAUAAGAACAACCUCAUAAAAAAGUCUGUAGCAUUAAAAUCAUGCAAUUAUAUUUUGCCCGCCACGUGUCAUCUUAUCCAGAAAUUGUCAAAAUUUAUUGUAAAAAAAUACAGAAAUUUUAUGUUAUAUUUCUUACUAAAUUAUAUACAUCUUUUAGCCGGCAUGUUAGCCCUUGGUUCGCAACAUGACCCUACCGCGCUGACCUACAAAAAGCGCCAGUCCCCCAGGGCAAUAAGAGAUCUUCAACUUGCGAAAGAAUUGGCACGAACAUGUCACGAAAACUAUGUCCGAACAGAGACCCACCUUGGAUCGGAAAUAUUCACAUUUUCUCAUUACAAUGUUACCUCUGAAGAUUUCGUAAUCACGCAAGAUUUCGCAUAUAAACUUCGACCCGAAGUUGUUGAGUCCUAUUUUGUCCUCUGGCGGGUCACGGGCGAUCCGAUAUAUCGCGAGUGGGCGUGGGAAGUCGCGCUUGCGAUUGAAAAACAUUGCAAAUGCAAAUUAACCGGCGGUUAUUCUGGGAUAAGUGAUGUCCGAAAUGCAUCAUCGGAGAAGACUGAUUUUCAGGAAUCGUUCUUUUUAGCGGAAACGUUAAAAUACCUCUACUUAAUCUUUAGCAGUGAUAACUUGCUGGACUUGAAUUUAUGGGUUUUCAACACGGAAGCUCAUCCUCUGCCAAUCCGAAACGUUAAUCCGAAGUAUAAAAGAUUCUCUUCUGUGUAAUUAUUUUGUACAUUACUAUCAUGCAAUUAAAG